AAGGUGGGGUCGCGGAGUGUGUGACACGCGCGGGGAGCGGCGGCUGCUGCUGCGGCCGCGGCCCGCGGGAGGAGAAGGAGGAGCGGGGAGUCCCGGCGCGGCCGUGGGAGCCCCCGGGCGGGCGGCGGCGGCGCCCCAGGAAGGUGGCGGCAGAGCUGCCGUAGCGGCUGGGAUUUACCGUGGUGGUGGCGGUUGGCGCUGACCGGCAGGGGAGCGCGCCGCGCGGCGGGGACCGUGCCCGCGGCCCCCCCUUCCCCCUCCCUCGUCCCCCCUCCCCGGGGCCGCCGCCUCUCGGGCUGAUCUCCCCCUCCCGGACCAUGGCCGACGACGACGUGCUGUUCGAGGACGUGUACGAGCUCUGCGAGGUGAUCGGCAAGGGUCCGUUCAGUGUUGUGCGGCGAUGUAUCAACAGGGAAACAGGGCAACAGUUUGCUGUAAAGAUUGUCGAUGUAGCAAAAUUCACUUCAAGUCCUGGAUUAAGCACAGAAGAUCUGAAGAGAGAAGCCAGUAUUUGUCACAUGCUGAAGCAUCCUCAUAUUGUUGAACUAUUGGAGACAUACAGCUCAGAUGGAAUGCUUUAUAUGGUCUUUGAGUUUAUGGAUGGAGCAGAUCUGUGUUUUGAAAUUGUGAAGAGAGCAGAUGCUGGAUUUGUGUACAGUGAGGCUGUAGCCAGUCAUUACAUGAGACAGAUAUUGGAAGCUCUACGUUACUGUCAUGAUAAUAAUAUCAUUCACAGGGAUGUGAAGCCACACUGUGUACUGCUUGCCUCAAAAGAGAAUUCAGCCCCAGUAAAGCUUGGUGGCUUUGGGGUAGCAAUUCAGUUAGGAGAGUCUGGACUAGUUGCUGGAGGACGUGUAGGAACACCUCAUUUUAUGGCCCCAGAAGUGGUAAAAAGGGAACCUUAUGGCAAGCCUGUAGAUGUUUGGGGUUGUGGCGUGAUCCUUUUUAUCCUGCUAAGCGGUUGUUUGCCUUUUUAUGGAACCAAGGAAAGAUUAUUUGAAGGCAUUAUUAAAGGAAAAUACAAGAUGAAUCCUAGGCAAUGGAGCCAUAUUUCUGAAAGUGCCAAAGACCUGGUACGACGUAUGCUUAUGCUGGAUCCAGCAGAAAGGAUAACAGUAUAUGAAGCACUGAAUCAUCCCUGGUUAAAGGAAAGAGAUCGCUAUGCAUACAAGAUUCAUCUUCCAGAAACAGUAGAACAAUUGAGAAAAUUCAAUGCAAGACGAAAACUGAAGGGGGCAGUACUAGCAGCUGUGUCAAGCCACAAAUUCAACUCCUUCUAUGGUGACCCCCCUGAAGAGCUACCAGACUUCUCUGAAGACCCAACCUCCUCAGGAGCAGUAUCACAGGUGCUGGACAGCCUGGAAGAGAUUCAUGCACUUACAGACUGCAGCGAAAAAGACCUAGAUUUUCUUCAUAGUGUUUUCCAGGAUCAGCAUCUUCACACGUUACUAGAUCUUUAUGACAAAAUAAACACAAAGUCUUCACCACAAAUCAGGAAUCCACCAAGUGAUGCUGUACAGAGAGCCAAAGAGGUAUUGGAAGAAAUUUCAUGUUACCCAGAGAACAAUGAUGCAAAGGAGCUAAAGCGUAUUUUAACACAACCUCAUUUCAUGGCCUUACUUCAAACUCAUGAUGUAGUGGCACAUGAAGUUUACAGUGAUGAAGCGCUGAGAGUUACACCUCCUCCCACCUCUCCGUACUUAAACGGAGAUUCCCCAGAGAGCGCCAACGGCGACAUGGAUAUGGAGAAUGUAACACGAGUUCGACUGGUGCAGUUCCAGAAGAACACAGAUGAACCCAUGGGAAUCACUUUAAAAAUGAAUGAGUUGAACCAUUGCAUCGUUGCAAGAAUUAUGCACGGAGGAAUGAUUCACCGGCAAGGUACACUACAUGUAGGGGAUGAAAUCCGAGAAAUAAAUGGAAUCAGUGUGGCAAAUCAAACUGUAGAACAACUACAAAAAAUGCUUAGGGAAAUGCGUGGAAGUAUUACCUUUAAGAUUGUGCCAAGUUAUCGCACUCAAUCUUCAUCCUGUGAGAGAGAUUCCCCCUCUACAUCCAGACAGUCCCCAGCUAAUGGUCAUAGCAGCACUAACAAUUCUGUUUCGGACUUGCCAUCGACAACACAACCAAAAGGACGACAGAUAUAUGUAAGAGCACAGUUUGAAUAUGAUCCAGCAAAGGAUGACCUCAUUCCUUGCAAGGAAGCUGGCAUCAGAUUCCGAGUUGGUGAUAUUAUCCAAAUCAUUAGCAAAGAUGAUCACAACUGGUGGCAGGGUAAACUUGAGAAUUCCAAAAAUGGUACUGCAGGUCUUAUUCCUUCUCCUGAACUUCAAGAAUGGCGAGUUGCUUGUAUUGCCAUGGAGAAGACCAAACAGGAGCAACAGGCCAGCUGUACUUGGUUUGGAAAGAAAAAAAAGCAGUACAAAGACAAAUAUUUGGCAAAGCACAAUGCAGUGUUUGAUCAAUUAGAUCUUGUCACGUAUGAAGAAGUAGUAAAACUGCCAGCAUUCAAAAGGAAAACAUUAGUCUUACUAGGUGCACAUGGUGUUGGAAGAAGACACAUAAAAAACACACUCAUCACAAAACACCCAGACAGAUUUGCUUACCCCAUUCCUCACACAACCCGACCUCCAAAGAAAGAUGAAGAAAAUGGGAAAAAUUACUACUUUGUAUCACAUGACCAAAUGAUGCAGGAUAUAUCAAACAAUGAAUAUUUGGAAUAUGGCAGCCAUGAGGAUGCAAUGUAUGGGACAAAACUGGAAACAAUACGAAAGAUCCAUGAGCAGGGACUAAUUGCAAUACUUGACGUAGAACCUCAGGCAUUGAAGGUCCUGAGAACUGCAGAGUUUGCUCCUUUUGUUGUUUUUAUUGCUGCACCUACGAUUACCCCAGGCAUUAAUGAGGAUGAAUCUCUUCAGCGCCUGCAGAAGGAGUCUGAAAUCUUACAGAGAACAUAUGCACACUACUUUGACCUUACAAUUAUCAACAAUGAAAUUGAUGAAACUAUCAGGCACCUGGAGGAAGCCAUCGAGCUUGUGUGUACAGCCUCACAGUGGGUCCCGGUCUCCUGGGUCUACUAGACCGGUCAUGAGAGAAUUGAAAACAAACAAAAAAAUCUGUCAUUACUGGGAACCACCUCAUACAUGGAAAACCUCUUCGUUAUUGACCUUGUGUCAACAGGUCUUGGCCCCUAGAGACUACCUAGAUGUAGUGUGACCUAAAAUAUAAUUAUUGUCAUGUCCGAAUAGAUAGGAGGAGGGGGAAAAAAAAUUAAACACUAAUUUAAAGAGACAGUAUCUUUUUUUUAAUCAUUUCUCCUAAACUUUAAUAAAAUGUAUCUUUAAAUAUAUGUAUUAUUCAGUCCUUUGGAAUGUUAUAUUUUUGGAAAUCAUAGCUUUUUAUUUCAAGGGCCCCUAAAAACUGCACAAAAUAGAUGCUGCUUUCUAUAAUCUAUUUUAAUAGUAAUAAUAAUAUGAUUCUGUUACCUUAACUUGGGGGUGGAACACUACAUUCUUUUUAGAGUCUGAUUUUAUGGAUUGGAAUACUUUACUUUCCUUUAUUUAUUUGAAGUAAUUAGUCUAAUUAUUACGAAACAAAUUCAUACAUUUUAAAGACCUUUUUUGCUUUUUUUUUUCCUAGGGUAGUAUUUUUAAGUACUUUUGUGUAACAUCCACAUAAUGUGAUACUGUCUCUUUGAAGAACUCUGUAAAACUUUUAGAAAAUUGAAAAAUUGGGUCUUGACUCUUAAUGCAUGUGGACAGUCGCAAGCGUUCAUGCCGUUGGUGUAUCUGUGUUGAUAAAACCUGUAACCUACAGCAAAGUACAUUCCGUUCAUGGGAACACAUACCCAAGGGAAUAAAGUAAGAUAUUAUUCUAAGUUGUAAACCUAUGCACAUCCCUUGCAUUUUGGGCAACUUUAUAAAAAAAAAAAGAAAGAAAAAAACGAACUGAUUUUUAUUAAUAAUAAUCAUGUAGUGAAAUGUGUUUGUAAUUUUUGUCUCAAUUUAAUUUGUUGUAAGGUGGGAGGGGCAAUUACUGGUUUCACCAUUUCAGAUCUGUGUUGUCUGAGAGUAUUAACGUUUUAAUUAAGUUUAAGCAAAGAAAUGCUGAUUUUUAAUAUGUAUGUAAUUGUUUAAAAAUGCACACAUUUUAAAAGAAAAUACUGUGCAAUGAAGAAACCAGUUUAGGCGUUGCGAUAAACUGAGUAUUCCAAAAGACUCAUCUGCAGUAGCCCUGUAAAUUCCUUCAAAAAUGGUAAUUGACUCUACAGUCUGACCAAUUUUUUUUAUUUUAAAUAUACUUCCUUUUAUGUGUUCAACAAUUAAACGCUUUCGGGUCCUUCAUUUCAUCACAGGGAGUUUCAAGAACAAAUCAAGUGCCUCGUGCAGCGAGAAAAGGUUUCUUAAAGCCUGUUAAGGGAAGGCCCUUGCAGGGGCACAGCCUGUUCCUGUUGCAGGGGCUCUGCUCUGCCUGUACGAGCACAAAUUCAACUAAUUUAGAAUUAGAGCAGAGUCAAGUCAGAAGAUAUAAUCAUGUGUUGUCCUGGCAUUCUGUUUCCCGUCUUCAUACUCUCACUGGCCCAGAGGGUUUGCAUUUUUUUCUGAAAAUGGCUGACGGAAGCAAGCAUUGCCACCUCUUUUUUUAGGUGUGGGAAAUACGGUGUUCCUUAAAGCUUGAUUGGCUGUGCUUGUUGUAUAGUAUGAAGUUUAGUGGUUUUUAGUGUUCUCAAAGGAUUUCUCCUCCAAGUUGAACCAUCAUCUGUAAUCAAUCUGUGGGGCUGUUCCGGUUGUUUAGGACCACAGCACAUGUAAUUGGAAAAGAUUCUCACGGUUGAACCUUUCUCGUAAGGGUAAUUAUCAUAAAGUGCAUAGGUUUGCUGAUUUUUUCCUGCCUACUCCCUACUGCAGGUCGACUGGUCAAAUCUCGGCUCUUGUUAAGACCCUUAGGUGAAGUCUAGGUCCAGCUAGGCAUCCCAGCCAGACAGCCAGGUCAGGCAAGAUGGUUUAUUUUGUGCAGCGUUGAUGGCACAGCUUGCAGCCUGCAACACAGAAGGAAACUCGAUCCCACCUGCUGAACCCACAACUGGAGUCAGAAUCACAGCUCUGCAAGCACUGAGUCCCAAAGCAAGUAUUGUAACCAAGUCCCUUGAGUCUGUAAUUUGUGGAGUGCUGGAAACUAACCCGUGAGAAACUCCCUGUGUGGGCCUUGCAUAAGCAAGCCAGCGAGUAAGAGGGAACCUAUUGGAGUGUCAUCUCUUCUGAACUUAGCCCCUAUAAAAAGGGGAUAGAUGCAAACUGUGAACUGUUUAGUGAAUAAGAGGUAAUUUUUCCAAGUAGUUGUGCUGUGUCGUUUUAGUCCUGGAUGAACCUUCGCAGGAGUUCCUGUAGGCCAGCUGUUGCAGCGGUAGUAUUACACACUAGCUGAGCUCAUCGAAGUCACAGGUUCAUUCACUCUCAAAACUACCUCUUUUCCCAGUAAAGCACAAAGAUGGGAAGACCUACUGAAAAAUCAAAGCAUUGGAGUGUUUCUGAUGUUAGAAAUACAAACUUCUCUGGUAAGCAUUGAUACCUGACUUCAGUGGCACAUUCUUCAUUUCAGCUCUUUUUGACAUUAAACAGGUAAAGUAAUUUUGAUAAUUUGGAUAUAGUCCACUGUAAAUGUUUUGACUACACACUUUCGACUCUGUUAAUGUGAAUUUCUUGGAGUUUCUGAGUAUCCAGCCUGUAAGAAAAGAAAACUCAUAAGGCCCAUGAGGGUGCUUCUGCCUUAUGUAGAUGAGAAUAACUUGUGAUUUAAUGUAACUAAUAUGCUUUUCUUCUCUUAAGUGGAGCUACCAUUCAGUCAAUAUUACACAGUAGAAACACUAA